GCGCACGGCACACCCAUCUGUUCUGCGUGACCAGAAGCGAGCGCGAAGCAAACUUGAGAGAAUCUGAAUCACCCCCAUCUCGCUCAAAAGCCAGGAAAGAGAGGGAAAAAGGUCUCUCGUUCGGAUUGUGGAAGAGGAGAGGUGGCAAGAGACGAGCCAAAACGGGGCUUCCACUGUGGAUGCUGGGGUGGGGUGUGGACUUCUUGCGGGCCGAAAUGAAUCGCUUGCUCGCCUUGCUCUUCCACCAGGGAGUGCUGGAUGAGCAGUUCUUGCAGCUGCAACAGCUCCAAGACGAGAGCUCCCCAAACUUCGUGUCGGAGGUCAUCACCAUCUACUUCUCCGAGUCCGAGAAGCUCCUCCGCAACCUCCGAAUGCUCCUGAUGGACAGAGAGCUGUCGGACUACAAGAAGAUGGAGAUACACUUGAAUCAGAUGAUGGGAAGCAGCUCCAGCAUCGGUGCCAAGCGCGUCCGCAACGUCUGCGUCGCCUUCCGCGCCGCUUCCGAGCAGAGCAACCAUGCCGGGUGCUUGAGAGCCUUGGAGUUGCUAGAACAUGAAUAUUGCUACCUCAAGAACAAACUCCACGAACUUUUCCAGAUAGAGCAACAAAGAGCUUUGGCAUCUGGGGUCAGAUAUCCUGCACAACACGACUGAAACAAACGAGCCAUGGUCGUUCUACUCCGGCCUUUUGCGCAAGGACAAUAGAAUUCGCUUCUUCGCUCCGGAUGCACCGUCGAAGCGAAGCUCUAUAGAGGAAGGAAGGAAGGAAGGAGGGAGAUAAGGGGGGUGACAUGUAACUCCAUUUGAAUGCAAAGAUUUAUGUACAAGUUGCAAUGUGGCUUUUUUGAAAUUAUGUGAUUUACUGAUUAUUUCUUUUAGAAAAUGGAACUACACGUGACCUUUGUAACUCGCGAGAUAUUCUUAUGCGACU